AUGGCUGGGGUCCUUGUGGGAGCACCAAAGGCAGAGUCCAAGUACAGCACUUCAGUGAAGUCCCCUGGCGCUGUGUUUAAGUGCCGUGUCCACACCAACCCUGACCGGAGAUGCACCGAAUUGGACAUGGCUCGAGGGAAGAGUCGGGGCAUGCCGUGUGGAAAGACCUGCCGGGAAGACCGGGAUGAUGAGUGGAUGGGGGUGAGCCUGGCCCGGCAGCCCAAGGCUGAUGGCCUCGUGCUGGUAAGACCUCCUGGGGGUGCUGUGGGGAGGGGGCCGCGCUCUGAGGACAAACGACUCUGUGAUCCCCUAGGCAGGCUGGAUGGCACAGCGAUGAGGGUAUGGCCUCGAGGUCGCCUGCUCUGCACUACUGCUUGGACCAAUGACUGAUCUUUUUAUUUUCUUUAUCUGUCCGAUGUUUAAUGUCUGUUCCAGGGUGCAGAGAUACAGUUGUUGGAACAUGACAAAACGUGUGUGAA